GUAGCGGGCGAAUCGAGCUUACCAAUCAAUCAUGUCUGCUGAUCGCGAGACCCUUUUGUCGUUUGGCUACCCAGCGACGUUGGUUGCCGAAGCGCUCAAAAAGACAAACAACUCUGGCCUAGAACCCGCCUUGGAUUGGCUCCAAAAGCACGAGGAAGGAGCACUUGAAGCGUCGGAGAAAAAAGACGAGAAAGCUUCCGACUCUGAUGUAGCGAUGGCGCCAAGCAAAAGCACGGCAGGACAAGCCAAGACCUUGAAGUGUACCGAUUGCAACAAGAUUUUCGCGAAUCAAGAUUUGGCUAGUUAUCACGCCGAUAAAAGCGGUCACAUCAAUUUUGAAGAGUCUACCGAAGAAAUCAAACUGGCUACUGAAGAAGAGAAGGCACUCCGCUUGGUUGAGUUGCGCCGUAAGAUGGAACAAAAACGUGCUGAUAGGAUGCGGACCGAACGUGUUCAACAAAUCGAAAAUGACCGUCUUCGAAGGAAAGGUGGCCAAGAACAAGCCGCCAUCAAGCACGAUUUGCAGCUCAGAGAAGCUGCACAGGAAGCGGCGCGAAAAAAGAAAGACAAGAUAGACGAGGUUGCAGCCAGAGCCAGAGUCAAGAAGCAAAUUGAAGAAGACAAGCAGCUCCGCGCGGAAAAAGCGGUCAACGCAAAAGCCAAAUUUGGCGGCGUGGCUCCAGCCAUCAAUAUAACCUCAUCUAGCAAUAUCGGCUCACGACCAUCUAUGCCUCCCUCCAAACCGUCUGCGCCAUCUAUGCCUCCCUCCAAACCGUCUGCGCAAUCUAAGCCAGCCAGAGUCUACGAGGAAGGUAGACUUCAACUUAGGCUACCUGAUCAAGAAAAAAAGCCAAUCUCCUUGGAGACAAAGCCAGAUCAAACCUUGGUUGAAGUAGUCGACAUGCUCUUCGCUCACCCAGAUUUUGUUGACAGCGCUAGACUUGACAAGAGAGCGAUCAAGUUUUCUACUGUCUAUCCUCGGAAGACAUUCGAUGACGGUGACAUGGCUAAGUCUGUCAAAGAUUUAGGCUUGUUGCCCGCUGUUGUACUCAUCGUGAGCUACAACUGAAAGUGGUAUGGUAUGUAGUAUCAGUACUAGCGAAUGUCCCACUGGCUGCCGAUAGUAUCUCAAACGCGAAGGAGCGCUCUUCUCCCGUCGCUGUAUGAACUUAUUUGUUUGCCUGACCAGUGCAAUGCAAGUACACCAUCAGUUCAUGU